GCCAAGCUCUCAAGUCCCUCCAUUUUGUUGUAUGUGCUGUUGGCAAGAGAAGUGCAAAAAAAAACUGUUGUCGUUUAUAACGAUAUUCUAGCAAUGGACGGUAUGGGAGAUGUUGCAGUUGGUGUGAAGAGAGGAUCAGAUGAGCUGAUGUCAACCAGUGUCUACAACAGUGGAUCUGACAUGAGCAGUAUCGGUGAUGUUACAGCCAAUGGGAGCGACAGUAAAUCCAAUGGGAGCGACAGUAAAAAGCUGAGAGUGGAAGACCGGAUGGAGGCCCCUCCCUCUCGUGUGCUGCACAUCAGAAAACUGCCCAAUGAAACUUCAGAAUCGGAGGUCAUUGCCCUGGGGUUACCUUUCGGGAAGGUCACAAAUAUCCUGACGCUUAAGGGGAAAAACCAGGCUUUCUUGGAGCUGGGCACAGAGGAAGCAGCGAUAACCAUGAUCAACUACUACUCUACUGUGACACCGCAUGUUCGGAACGUCCCCGUGUUCAUCCAGUAUUCCAACCACAAAGAACUCAAAACAGAUAGUGGAAACCAGCGGGCCCAGGCGGUCCUGCAGGCGGUGUCAGCGGUCCAAGGAGGAGGUACUCCUGCGUCGGGCUCCGUUGUAGAUCUAACCGCUGCGUCCAGCCCUGUGCUCAGAAUAAUCAUCGACAACAUGUUCUAUCCAGUCACUCUGGAUGUGUUGCAGCAGAUCUUCUCAAAGUUCGGAACAGUCAUGAAGAUCAUCACAUUCACCAAGAACAAUCAGUUCCAGGCUCUGUUGCAGUUCAACGACCCACCCACCGCCCAGCAAGCCAAAAUAGCCCUGGAUGGUCAGAACAUCUACAACUCGUGCUGUACGCUCCGCAUCGACUACUCCAAGCUGGUCAACCUGAACGUGAAGUACAACAACGACAAGAGCCGUGACUACACCCGGCCAGAGCUCCCUGCAGGGGACGGCCAGCCUGCCAUGGACCCCAACAUGGCUGCUGCCUUCCAAGGCAAGGACUCCAACUCUCUGCUCGGUGGCCUGAGCCCGCUGAAUGCUGCGGCGGCGGCGGCUGCUGCUGCAGGGAGGGUAGCUCUGUCGGGUCACUCUGGCGCCAGUGGCGUGCUCCUGGCCUCCAACCUCAACGAAGAGAUGGUUACGCCCCAAAGUCUGUUUACUCUCUUCGGGGUGUAUGGUGAUGCCCAGAGGGUGAAGAUCCUCUACAAUAAGAAAGACAGUGCUCUGAUACAGAUGGCUGAUUCCAACCAAGCCCAGCUAGCCAUGAGUCACCUGAAUGGGCAGAAGAUGCAUGGGAAACCAAUCAGGGUGGCUCUGUCUAAGCACACCUCGGUACAGCUGCCCAGGGAUGGACUGGAUGACCAGGGCCUCACCAAAGACUUCACCAACUCGCCCCUGCACCGCUUCAAGAAGCCUGGCUCCAAGAACUUCCAGAAUAUUUUCCCUCCCACCACCACUCUUCACCUCUCCAACAUCCCAACGGACGUUUCCGAGGAAGACCUCCGACUGCUGUUCUCCAACGCCGGGGGAACCGUCAACGCAUUCAAGUUCUUUCAGGAUCACAAAAUGGCGCUGCUCCAGAUGUCAACGGUGGAGGAGGCCAUCCAGGGUCUGAUCGACCUCCACAACUACAACAUGGGUGACAACCAUCACCUGAGAGUCUCUUUCUCCAAAUCCACCAUCUAAACCUAUGCAUAAUGAUCGAUCCUCCACAACAUCCAUCGCUUUCUGUUUUCCCUAGCAGAUUUUUGGCUGGCAUUUGUUAAACCCUGUUGACUCGUUCCAGACUCUGGGGACCACAUUUGGACCUUAUUGUUUCUUUCUAAGUGUUAUCAGUCAUUCCUUCAAAAAACCAGAAACCCAAACCGGGGGGAGAAAAUGUUGUACUUCUAUGUUUUGAGGACAUUUUAACCCCUUCACCUGAUCCUGACCCCUGUGUUAGUCCCAUACCCCCUGAUCCUGACCCCUGUUAGUCCCAUACCCUCUGACCCCUGUGUUAGUCUCAUACCCUCUGAUCCUGACCCCUGUGUUAGUCCCAUAGCCUCUGAUCCUGACCCCUGUGUUAGUCCCAUACCCUCUGAUCCUGACCCCUGUGUUAGUCCCAUAGCCUCUGAUCCUGACCCCUGUGUUAGUCCCAUAGCCUCUGAUCCUGACCCCUGUGUUAGUCCCAUACCCUCUGAUCCUGACCCCUGUGUUAGUCCCAUACCCUCUUAUCCUGACCCCUGUGUUAGUCCCAUACCCUCUGAUCCUGACCCCCCUGUUAGUCCCAUACCCUCUGACCCCUGUGUUGGUCCAAUACCCUCUUCUCCUGACCCCUGUGUUAACCCCACGCCCCCUGACCCCUGUGUUAACCCCACGCCCCCUGACCCCUGUGUUAACCCCACGCCCCCUGACCCCUGUGUUAACCCCACGCCCCCUGACCCCUGUGUUAGCCCCACG